CAGUGCAUCCUUUCCUUUCAACGCAGCUCGCGGAAUCCAUGGUCCACCCGUCGCAAUUGCUGCAGGAGAACCUGCCUAAAUCUUUUGGCUUCUGCCUGGUCCGGGGAGGGAUCACGCGUGUGUUGUCCGUAGUCAGUUAGAAACGGUGAAUCGAAUAGCAAACAAAGCAACGAAUCUGGAGGAGAGGAAGAAGGAAUGAGGAUGAAGGAGGCGACGACCUUGCUGUGCUUUGCUUAUCCCAACAUGUUCGAACGGAACGAUAUUCAGUCAGGUUGAAGCUAUUCGAGCGCACUGUCGGCCGGUGGAGUGGCGGGAAUUUUCUCGUGCACCCGAUCUUCCUCUUUUACAUCUUCACCGGUUACAAUAGAAAUCGCAGUGCAACGCGAACGUUUCGAACUUUUUCGUUUCCCGGCGUCCCAUUCGAUUCGAUUCCUCGUACUCAAUUAGCGUGGAAGAAGGGAAACACGAAUUGAACGUAAUCCAACGAGGAUCGUAGUUAAACCGAAGCGAUGAGCCCAUUGUUUCGCGUUUAAACAUUUUGUUUUCGGUGGUAAUUUGGGUUCACCGUUAACCAUAACAGUCGCAACUAUAACAGUUCGCCGAAAAUCAGUGAUUCAUCGCGUGGACAGUUACUGGCGAUUUGUACUUAUAUUCUCCUUCCCGCGACAGAACACCAUAAGCUGAAGUGAAAGAAUGUUCGUCACGAUAGACGAAGCUUCGGUGACAAACUCGAGACUCGGUAGCCCUUCGUCGGUUGUCUGGCUGUUCCUCAUCGUUGAAUUUCUGAUUGGCGCGCUUCUGUCAGGUUUUCUAGGCAUUCUCGAGAUCGUGAAAUCGUUGCUACCCAAACCGCCCAGGGAUAUGACCGGUGAUGUAGUCCUGGUAGCCGGCGCUGCGUCGGCUCUGGGUGAAUCUCUCGCCGAAGAAUUUGCUAAAUGUGGAUGUUCCGUCAUCUGCGUGGACCACGAUUCGGAGUCGAUCGAAAGAAUAGCCGCCGGCUUGAAAGGACGUUACCCUAUGGUCGAAGAAGUUAAGCCGAACCAUGACAAAGACGAUUCGCAGAGGCUGAAAACGAGAAAACUCGCUUACGAGUGCGACUUAUCGGACAGAGAACAGAUACGGAGUACAGCGCAGAAGAUCAAGGACGAGGUUGGACGAGUCGACGUUCUGGUGACUUGCGUGGGCAACCUGGAUCAAGACAUCUUCGAUACAGCCAGCAGAACUUUGAUGAGUCAUUUCUGGACGGUUUUAGCGUUCCUGCCGCUGAUUUUGUAUCGCGAACGAGCACACAUUGUCGGUGUUACACCAAUUGUGUCGAGUCGCGACGCGUACCACGGUUCAAGGGCGGCGAUAGCCAGCCUCAUGGGGAGUCUGUGCCAAGAGUUGAGCAACCACAGCAGCCAGUUGACGUUCUUGGCAUUCGCGCCAAUCGCAAACUGCAGCUCGCCAGAAAAAAGCGUGAAAGAAGUAGCCACGAACAUCAUGCACGCGGUUAGAACGGAUCAACAGAGUUUAAACGUGGGUUGGAUGUCUGGAUUCUUGUAUCGAUUAAGUUGCACAAUGUAUUAUUAUAUAACGGCCUUCACGGAGUGGGUUCAUUCUCAAGGAUGCGAUUAUCCUGCGUAAGCUUCAUCCAAAAGCAUGCAAAUGAUGAAGAUAAAAGUUGUCGUAUAGAGAGCUCUCUCUGUUUCUCUAAACUUGCUCAGUUGAUCGAAGACUACAAAUUGGAAAUGAUAAUAAAGGAAAACUGUCGGUAUGCAGUCUAAAAUUGGUCGGUACACGUGAAAAGAACACAUCUACAGAAAAACAGCACAAUUUAUUAAUGAAACAACCGAGGUUGCGAAAAAACAGUCGGAUAGAGAUCUUAUUGAACGAUCUCGGCUCGUUGGGGUCGGCUGUGCGUACUUAUUGUUAGUUCAAUCAGGAAUUAGAACGUCGUAAUGGCCACUGUCCGAGUUUCCCGUGAACAGGAGCCUCGCGGUUUCGUACUGAGAGCUCACGUGGUUGUGAAACACUCGCUUGAGUUCAUACCGAUUUCUGAUCUCCCGAUAGAUCGACAGAUUCAUGUAAUACAUUUUCGUGGCUACUGUGCACUCCAACUCGCAGGCGAAUGUGCCAACCAUGCCCAUGUAAUCGCAGUACCUUUGACGAUCCGAUAUGUUCCAUUCCGCCAUCACGAACGGUCCGUACUCAUACCAGUUGUCCUUGAUGUGUUGGACGACCUGUACGAUAAACCGGCGAAUGAAUCCUACGACAGGAUAGUUAUACAUAAAUAUUUGAUAUCUUGGUAUCGAUGAUAUUAACUCAUCAAUCAAGAAAUGCGAGUUCAUUCGUCAUUUUAUUUGCCUUCGACUUCCCAUGAUUUUUCAAUUGCUUGCCUUGCCUUCAAUUAUACUUCCACGGGCAAUUACAAUUGAAAAAUCACACCGUUAACGGUUUAAACUCGGUUAGCUUUAAGAUACUCGACAAAGAAAGCUCGAACUCUGUCAAUGAAUGUACACUAGCGAAUCGCAUUGAUUAUACAGGGAGAAGUGAAGCCCACCAUUGCACGAAGGUAUCGAUGUUCAUCUUCGUUUCGCCAUAAAAUAUAACUGAUCGCUCGAAACAUGCAAUUCCCAUCACCGUAUAUAUUGUGCACGCGAAACGUGCCCUCAGCGCACCUUAAUCGAGCCGUACCUAGAACAUUAUGAAGAUAUUAAUAAGAACACGGCAAGCUUUCGCGUAUGUUAACCCUUUGCACUUGAUAAUAUUUGAUAUUAUAAAUAAUUCUUGAGAAGAUAUUUUAUUUCUUGAUAAAAUAUCGAUAACAUUAUUUACAACUAACGUAAAGAAAAAUCGUGUAUAAAUUAAAAAACAGAACUAUUUUAUUUUGAUGCUUCCUUGCACAAAAUUGAAUAUUGAAUUUGAAAUUUUACAAUUUUACUGUGUUCAAUCAGAUGGCGACUGGCAGUCGCCUCUCGAGAGCAAAGGGUUAAAAGACCUUCUUUAAAGGAGGCAGAUCGUUUGAAUUUAGCUUUACUAGAGCGAGCAAUUCUAGAGUUGCGCGAGAUUAAUUUUAUGUGCGAACUCCAGUUUAUGCGCCGGAAAUACACGGAGUUUGUUUCCCGAAUUCUUGUGAAGCUUUCAACGUUACCGAAGUCUCCGCGGUCCCAGUAUUCUUCUUCUCUGAAUUGGUUGCACCUUUUUGCAUUCUUGACCGACGGUAGACGAGGCGCAACCUUCUCUAUUGGAAAUGUUCUUUGAAUUUAUUGUCGUUUAAACUGUAAACUGGAUCAUUUUUUAAGUCUCUAUGCUCGUGUUGGCAUUAUUAAACAUUUGCACUCGAGAGGUGACUCUCAGUCAUCACUUGGUUUCAUACAGUAAAAUUAUAAAAUUUAAUAUUUAAUAUUGGACCAUGUAUAAUGCUUAAAAAAAGCAUAAUGCUCCUUAAAAAAGUAUCAUCUUUGUCUAGUUAAUUUUAAGUAUUUCUAAUGAAAUACUUCCGAGUACAAAGGGUUAACACUAGAACUACGAAAAAUGACCGGUUUCGAUUUUCUUGUUUUUUAAUUAUUAAUAUCUCAAAAGCAUUGAAUACUUAAAAUGAUCUUGAAAAUAAAUAGUUCCACCUGAGUACUAUAAUGAAUGUCUGAAGAAACCGAAGAUAAUCUAUUGUUACAAUUUUUAUAUGUAUUAACAUAGUUAAUAUUACAUAUUAACACGUUGAAUACCAUGGUAAUCACCGGUGAAUUCGCGGGAUCAUUAGGUGAAUUCCAUGAAUAAUGACCGGGGGUCAUUAGGUAAAUAACGCUACCUAAUGCAGUGACAUUUAGCAAAACAACCCUGCGAUAACAACAGCGCAAUUCAAUUAAAUAAUUUAAUAUUGUAUUUUUGUUAUAAAAAUAUGUGUUAAUUGUGUUAAAUGCUUUGUGGUUCUAAACAUUAUUUCAAAAAUGCGAAGAAAUGGAAGUCACAGUGGAGCAUAGGCAACGAGUUAACUCGAUUUCCAGUUUACAGAUUGAACCCUUAGUCAUGAGGUUUGUUACAAACACGCAAUCAUCCUUCUCGUUACAUUGCGAACGUAAUGGCAUGUACAACAUAGCAUUUAUACCUCAAAGAAAUUUAAGAACUACUUUAUGUAUUGUGAUAUGACGAAUUAAAGUGUGAUUAAAUUAGAACGAUCGUCUACGACUAAAAGAGGAAAAGUUCAAUUUUCUUUACCGUCCUCGAAAAUGUAGCUGCAGAAGUAAAAGUACAACAAGCAAGGUAACAAUAAUGUUUUCAAAAAUGUUAAUAUCUGGACUUCAGCAAUUUCCAGUUUAGGUUUCCUUUAAGAUCGCGAAAAGAUUUCUGCUUCACCGAUUGCCGCAUCUUUCGAUAAUAUUUAAACGCGAUCCAGAACGGGCACAACAGGAUACUCCAAGUAUUUUCUAAUUAAACUAUGCGUUCAUUCACGUUAGCAAAAUUUCAUACACAGACAUUUGCAUUUUGGAUGCUUCUGAUGUUUUUCUCGUGUUGCCAGACGUUGAAAGUGCAUGU